GCUGGCCGCUAGCGGGAGGCCCCGCCCCUAUAGUCCACCUCCUCUGGGGCCGCCUGGCCGCGGCGGGCUGGCCGGGUGGUCGCCAGGUCACUCUCUGCUGGCGGCCGUGACUUGGUGACCUCCCCGGAGGCUCUGGCCAGGACUCAACAACGACAGCAGCAGCGUUGAGGACUUUGCCCCGCGCAGGGGGCGGGGUGGAGUGGACCGGCCGUCCGAGGGCAGGCCCGAAAAUGUUGGCCUUCGCGGCCAGGACCGUGGUGAGGCCCCCGGGCCUCCUCAAGCCCUCCUCCCUCAUGAAGACCCCCAGCCGCUUCCAGGCUCACCAGGAUGCCCUGCCCCGCCUGCCCGUGCCCCCGCUGCGCCAGACCCUGGACCACUACCUCAAGGCCCUGCGGCCCAUCGUGAGCCACGAGGAGUGGGCCCAGACCAAGCAGCUGGUGGAGGAGUUCCAGACCUCGGGGGGCGUCGGGGAGCGGCUACAGAGGGGACUGGAGCGCCGCGCCAAGAAGUCAGAGAACUGGCUGUCCGACUGGUGGCUGCAGACGGCCUACCUCCAGUACCGCCAGCCCGUGGUCAUCUACUCCAACCCCGGCCUGCUGCUGCCCAAGCAGGACUUCGUGGACCUGCAGGGACAGCUGUGGUUUGCUGCCAAAAUCAUUGAGGGGGUUCUGGAUUUCAAGUUCAUGAUUGACAACGAGACUCUGCCGGUGGAAUACCUGGGGGGCAAGCCCCUGUGCAUGAAUCAGUACUACCAGAUCCUGUCGUCCUGCCGCGUGCCGGGCCCCAAGCAGGACUCCGUGGUGAACUUCGGCCGUGCCAAGAAGCCGCCCACUCACAUCACCGUGGUGCACAACUACCAAUUUUUCCAACUGGAUGUGUACCACAGCGACGGAACCCCUCUAACGGCCCAGCAGCUCUUCGUGCAGCUGGAGAAGAUCUGGAACUCCUCCCUGCAGGCCAACAAGGAGCCCGUGGGCAUCCUCACGUCCAACCACCGCAACUCCUGGGCCAGCGCCUACAACAUCCUCAUCAAAGAUAAGGUGAACCGGGACUCGGUGCGCUGCAUCCAGCAGAGCAUCUUCACCGUGUGCCUGGACGCGCCCAUGCCCCGCGUCUCGGACGCCGCCUACCGCAGCCACGUGGCCGGGCAGAUGCUGCACGGGGGCGGCGGGCAGCUCAACAGCGGCAACCGCUGGUUCGACAAGACGCUGCAGUUCAUCGUGGCCGAGGACGGCUCCUGCGGGCUGGUCUACGAGCACGCAGCCGCCGAGGGCCCCCCCAUCAUCUCCCUCGUGGACCACGUCAUGGAGUUCACGAAGAAGCCCGAUCAGGGGCCGUCAGCCAUGGUACCCCUCCCUAUGCCCAAGAAACUGCGCUUCAACAUCACCCCCGAGAUCAAGAACGAGAUCGAGAAGGCAAAGCAGAACCUCAGCAUCAUGAUCCAGGACCUGGACAUCACCAUGCUGGUCUUCCCCCACUUCGGCAAAGAUUUCCCCAAGUCCCAGAACCUGAGCCCCGACUCCUUCAUCCAGAUGGCGCUGCAGCUGGCCUACUACAGGAUCUACGGGCACGCCUGCGCCACCUACGAGAGCGCAUCCCUGCGCAUGUUCCACCUGGGCCGCACCGACACCAUCCGCUCGGCCUCCAUGGACUCGCUGGCCUUCGUCCAGGCCAUGGAUGACACCAGCGUGACGGAGCCGCAGAAGGUGGAACUCCUGCGGAAGGCGGUGCAGGCUCACCGCGCCUACACAGACCGGGCCAUCCGCGGAGAGGCCUUCGACCGCCACCUGCUGGGCCUGAAGCUGCAGGCCGUGGAGGACCUGGUGAGCCUGCCGGACCUCUUCAUGGACACGUCCUACGCCAUCGCCAUGCACUUCAACCUCUCCACCAGCCAGGUCCCUUCCAAGACGGACUGCGUCAUGUUCUUCGGGCCCGUGGUCCCAGACGGUUACGGCGUCUGUUACAACCCCCGGGAGACCCACGUCAACUUCUCCGUGUCGGCCUACAACAGCUGCGCCGAGACCAGCGCCAGCCGCCUGGCGCAGCAGCUGGAGCAGGCGCUGCUGGACAUGCGCGCGCUGCUGCAGGACCAUCCCCGGGCCAAGCUCUGAGCCGCGCACGGCCUCCGAUUGAUCGAUCGAUCGGACCCAGUGGCUGCGUUUGCGGCACACCAUGCCCCUUUGUGGGGCAUCCCCAGCUCGGGCCGCAGCCCAGCAGGACGUCUGGCUGGCUCUGCAGGGUGAAAGGGCCUGUCCUCGCCCCUGUCCUCACCCCGAUGUGGACCGUCCCUGCCAUGGAUGCAGUCAGACCCAGCCCGGGGGCUGCACCUCGCCCCUCCCAGACCUAGAGACAAUGAGCUGGAAGCUGGGGGCUAUGGGUAGCCCAGCUGGGAGGCCAGGGUCCCCGCGUGCUGCCCAGGGGUGCCCAGGACUCACCCCUGUCCUGGGAGGGACAGCCCUGCUCGCCUCUUGGUCUUGGCGAUCCCAAGCCACGGUGUGUGACGGGGCAGCACGGAGCCAAUAA